AUGUAUGAGCGCGGAGAAUGUCUUGGAGACCCGACUGAAACUAAGUCUUUGCAGAUAAAUUACAGCAUUCUUGUGUUAGCUAUCAUCGGCGCUGGGGGGAUUUUCACAGGGUCGAACCCGUCCUAUACCCCUCAUGAGCUUGUUCAUCAUAUCAAAGCUUCCCAAAGCAAGUUCCUGAUCUCGGAACCAGAGAUCCUGGACUCCCUCCUGAGCGCAGCCAAGCAGACAGACAUACCGGGGGAAAAUGUCUGGGUCUUUGACAAUCGCGGACAAUCUAUCCCCCAUGGAAUGCGAUCAUGGAACAGGCUAUUAGAAGUCGGAGAUGAAGACUGGGUGCGAUUUAAUACCCUGAAGACGUCCCAAGAGACAACAGCAGCGAGACUUUUUAGCAGUGGAACCACCGGACUACCCAAAGCCGUGACAAUCACUCAUCACAAUCUCAUUGCACAACAUGAACUUGUUCUAGGAUUAAAUCCUCGACCGUACGCUAUCUCACGAAUUAUCGCCGUGCCCGUCUUUCAUGCAUCCGCAGCUCCUGUGGCGCAUAUUUCAACAUUAAAAGCGGGAUCAGUUGCCUACAUGAUGCGUCGCUUCGAUCUAGAAAAGUACCUGAAUACUGUUGAGAAAUAUAACGUCACGGAUCUUGCUAUGGUUCCUCCGAUUGUUAUAGCAAUUCUCAUGUCGCCUCUUUGUCAGCAGCGACCUUUUCUACAGAAGGUGCGGCUUGCAGCCUGCGGGGCUGCUCCUUUGGAUAAAGGAAUUCAAGCUAGAUUUCGAUCACUGAUGAGCGAUGGCAGCCCAUUCACUCAAGUAUGGGGCAUGACGGAGACCUCGUGCGUAGCUACAAUGUUCCCUUACCCGGAGCAUGACGACACAGGGUCUGUUGGACGGCUUAUACCAAACCUUGAGGCCAAACUGAUUGACGAGGAAGGCAACAACAUCUCAGCAUACGGUGUCCGCGGUGAGCUGUGUGUUCGGGGACCUACCGUGACACCGGGAUAUUUCAACAACAUUGAAGCCAAUGCUCAUUCAUUCGACUCGGAGGGUUGGUUUAAAACAGGUGAUAUUGCUUUCUGUGACGGGUCUACCAGAAAGUGGUACAUUGUGGAUCGGAGAAAAGAAUUGAUCAAAGUACGAGGCUUUCAGGUAGCACCUCCUGAGCUCGAGGCUGUUCUUUUAUCACACCCACAGAUUGUUGACGCUGCAGUGAUUGGAAUCACCUUCCCAAGUUCUGAUACGGAAUUUCCUCGUGCUUACGUGGUCCGACGACCGGGUGAUUCCGGGUCAAGGCUUGCGGAAACCGAAGUUCAGCAGUAUGUUUUGAACCGGCUGUCAAAAUACAAAGCACUUACUGGGGGGGUCAAGUUUGUGGGCGCCAUCGCAAGAAACCCCAGUGGAAAGAUACUGAAGCGAGUUUUAAGGGAAGAUGCCAAAAUGGAAAUUGAAGCUGGGCUUCUCAAGCCCAAGCUUUAA